GACGGACGGACGGACGGACGGACGGACGGACGGACGGACGGCGUGAGUCCGCCCCGCCCCGCCCCGCCCCGGCCCGGCCCCCUCGCCUUCCCCGGGGAACGCAUGGAGGGGUGCCAGACUAGGUAAUUCUAGAAGCUAUGGAUAUACUCUUCAGAAUAAGAGGAGGCUUGGAUCUUGCAUUUCAGCUUGCAACUACUGAUGAGGCAUCAACAAAAAAGGCAUUAGGAUAUGUUUUCAGUGAUCUUGAAAACAAACUGUCCUCAGAGGUUCUUGUAUUCAGAAUUUGCCACAGUUCAGUCUAUGUGUGGCCUAACAAUGGUAUGACCACAGUUCCAGAGCUGACUGAUGAGUCUGCAUGUAAGGAGAUAAGACGAUUUAUACAAUUUGAUCAAGAUGAUGAAACCAAACGAAAGCUUGGCAAAAAGAAGGAUAAAAAGUUACAGGAUAUGCAGCAGAUAAUCAAUGUAGACCUCAUGUUGGAAAUGACAUCUUCAUUAGCUGCUAUAGCUCCAGUAAUUGAAAGGGAAAAGAAAGAACACCACUACAUAAAUAUGACAUUACCAGUUGAUGUUGUUGUAUCUGUUUCUCCAGAAGAACCAUGGGGAAAGGUACAAAAUCUCCUAGUGAAAGCAAUUCAUGGGCAAUUAACUGACAUGGAAAGAUGUAUCAUGAAAUAUGUGAAAGGAACAUCAAUUGUGGUACCAGAACAAUUUCAUUUCAUGUUACCAGGAAAAAAUCACCUUGUAACUGUCUCAUAUCCUACCGGUAUUUCAGAUGAUCAGCUGGAAAGUUACAGAAAGGAAUUGCAUGGGUUAUACAAUCUGCCUUGUGACAGACCAUAUUUCAAGAGAGCAAAUGCUUAUCAUUUUCCAGAUGAACCAUAUAAAGAUGGAUAUCUCAGAAAUCCACAUUUACAUCUUAGUUCACCUGGCAUGGAGUCUGGUAUGGUUUAUUUAGUACAAGGUGUAUACAGUUACCACCACUACAUGCAGGACCGCAUUGAUGACAGCGGCUGGGGCUGUGCUUAUCGGUCUUUGCAGACAAUCUGCUCUUGGUUCAAGCACCAAGGCUACAUGGAUAGACCUAUACCAACACACAAGGAAAUUCAACAGGCACUGGUUGAUGCUGGAGACAAACCUGCAGCAUUUGUUGGGUCACGGCAAUGGAUUGGUUCGAUUGAGGUACAGCUUGUUUUGAAUCAGCUUUUUGGAAUAACAUCCAAAAUAUUAUUUGUCAGCCAGGGUUCUGAACUAGCAUUGCAGGGAAGAGAGCUUGCUAAUCAUUUCAAGACUGAGGGAACUCCAAUUAUGAUUGGUGGAGGUGUUUUGGCUCACACGAUAUUAGGAGUGGCUUGGAAUGAGACUACAGGGCACAUUAAAUAUUUGAUUCUAGACCCACAUUACACUGGAGGAGAAGAUCUGCAUGUCAUUUUGGAAAAGGGCUGGUGUGGAUGGAAGGGCCCAGAUUUUUGGAACAAGGACGCCUAUUAUAACCUGUGCCUACCUCAACGACCAAAGGCUAUUUAAAUUCACUCUUACGCUGAAUGUGCUGAGACAGAAUAGUAGCUGAUCUAGAUAAAAUUGUCCUGUUAUUUAUCAAAAUAAUGCUUUAAGUCAAUCUAAACCCACUUGAAAUAGAAAUUUUGGCUGAAUGGCUUAAAUUAAGAAACUAUUUUUUUAAAAUGAAACCUCUAGAAAUAAAUUACCUGCUUUGAACUGUAUUCCUUACAAAUGCAUUUAUUAGGCAACAAAUACUCUGUACUUUUCCAUAGCACAAUUUUAGGCUUAUAUAGUAUUUCCUCUCCUGCUAGAAUCUUUUUAGAUUAAAUGCUGAAUCUGUUUGUUUUAUGGAAUUCUUUAAUGACAAAAAGAUAAACUGUCCUCUGUGUUUCAAGUUCCACUUAGCCACCUGUCUUGUCCAUUAUGAAUCUGUUCAAAGGCCUUGUCUGUUGCUGGUAUUCCUGAUGACAUAUUUUAGGAGAGGGAAAAGAAUGGCUAUAUUUACUGAAUUUUAUUAAUUUUGCUGUCAUAUUUACACAGAAAAAGCAAGAUAAUUAAUUUUCCUAUGCUCAUUUAUUUAUAGCUGAAUGAAUACAAGUUCCAAGGGGGAAAAAAACCUCACAAAAUUCUUCUGUAAGAAGUAACAAUAAACAAGCAUUCCUCCUUCUCAGAAGGAGACAAUGUCCCAGCA